GACCACGUUUGGUUUGCUGCGUGCGGCGUCGAAGAAUUGGUCAAAGUGGAGCCUUAGUAGCAGUGGAGUGUGACCGUGUGCGCCACCGUGUGCCUUAUGGAGCAGGAUAUAAUUAAGUGUCCGAACAGUCACGUCUUCUCGUACCUCGCCAACAAGAUGCGGAUAGACAUUGAGAAUCCCCUGCUACAGAGUCACCGUCAGCGCGAAACCACCGGGAUCAAAAAGCUGUACAAUUCGUUUUUCGUUAUGUUCUAA